AUGCUAUAAAAACAUUAAUUGGAGUUAAAAAUUAAUAUAGAUAUUUUACAUAGACGUACAACGAGUUAGUAAUUACAUUGGAAGAGUUUAUUCAAAACAAGACAUAGACAUGGCUGCCAGCACUGCUGUGUUUCUUUUACUCUCUAUUUUUAUAUCUCCUGUUUUGUGCGAGGGGGAUGGAUUAAGUAAUGAAACUAUAUAUAUUAUUGUUGGUUGCGUUGUUGGCUUAAUAGUACUCUGCUGUGUUGCGUGUGUAUGUUGUAAAUGCUCGGAGAACAACUCAUACCGAGGGGACUUUCAACUUUCACCACAUGUUUCAAUUUAUGAAAACAAAAAGGAAUCUCCAAAACCAACUAUAUCAAAUCACGUGGCUAUAGAGUUAGAUCAAUCUGAUGGACCAAAGUAUCAAUUUAUCGGUGGUUACCCACAUGUCCAGCAUGGUAGUUUUGUCCAGCAUAGCGGUUUUGUCCAGCAUGGCAGUUUCCAAAAAUAUUUAAACAGUGGAACAUUUUCAAGAGGUAUUGACUGGCAACAUAUCAAACAAGAACAUUGCUCUGGUAAUGCCGCCAUCAAAGGCCAGUUUUUUACAUCUAGCAAAGACGAUUUGCUCUCAUAUUUCCGAAGAGGUGCAAAAAAUUACAGAAGUAUAAAAGAUUCAAGAUUUAACACGAUAGUUGUUGAGGCCGAUUUUAACCAAUCUAUUGGCUAUGAGAUAGAAAAUGGAAGACGAAUUCAGCUCUAUCGUCUCCUAAUGGUCUUUGAGUCGAAUUUUUAUCUAAAAACUGCAUACCCUAUCAAAAAAUAACAUUGUGAUUGAAAAGCAACUGUUGGUUUAAACUAUGGUUUAUACUACGAAUGCAAUUCUAAGGACGGUGUUGCAGUAUCUCGAGUGUAUAAAUUAGUGAAGAGAAGCUAUGUAAAUAAAUGUAAAUAAAUGUGUAUGAAUAUUAUUUAGAUAAUUUUUGUUAGUUGUAUAAGUGAUUGUUUUACCAUGGAUUACCAUGGAUUAACUGUUGUAUUGUAUUGAUUUUUAUAUUAUGAAUAGAAUCAUUAAAAUAA